AUGUCCCUGAACCGCAUCUCCUUCCUUGAAGGAUGGGAGCGCAACCCCGCAGCCUUUCUCAACCCCGAAGCGGAGGAUUCGGAUCCGGACUCCUACCAGGAUUUGCCCGAGGGAUCCAUAUCGUCUUCAUUUCCCUCCACAUAUAGCAGGCUGAAUUUCAACCCAUAUGCGGGGCCAGGCUGGAAUGAGAGCCUAGAGGAUCCACAUGACGAUCGAUCCUCGUUUUUUGGGUCCUCGUUUCUUGGGCUCUCUCCAGCGAAUACCCAUGAAGGACAUGCGGGUUUGGGUUCAAGUCCAGCGCAGGGGUUGGGAUCUGCCGAGCGGACUGUGCACGAGGAGUCAGGGACCGUUGCUCGGACGCCCCCUUGGACGGAAACGACUGGUGCUUAUGAAGUAAGCGCUGCUAGGAGAAUUGCCCAGGUUUGCACCGCUGUUGUAUACUGCUUUCUGGCUGCCGGGGUUGUUUUCGGCUUUGCAGCUCUCAAGCCCAUCCUUAUUCGAGAGAAAGUAUAUCGCAACCUCUGCUCCCAGGCGGAGCUUGAGGAAGAUGUCGAUGUCUGCUAUGGGCAGGAGAUUCGGUUAAAUCUGAUGUUCACCAUCGCCGCUGUAGUAACAAAUGUCUCAGCCCUACCUGUAGGAACAAUCCUAGAUGCAUACGGACCACGAGUCAGUGGAAUCAUAGGCAGUAUCUCUCUUGCCAUAGGAGCAGUACUCUUCGGCACAGCCAACCGGCUUCCAUUUGAUGGAUAUAUCCCAGGUUACUUAUUCCUCGCACUUGGCGGACCAUUCGUAUUCAUCACAUCCUUCCAUCUAUCAAACACGUUCCCAAAGCGAUCAGGCCUGAUCCUAUCAAUGCUGACAGGUGCAUUCGAUGCCUCGAGUGCUCUAUUCCUGCUUUUCAGGCUGUUAAGCGAACAUACCGAGGGCCUCGUAUCAAUCAACAAUUUCUUCGCAGUGUACCUCAUCGUACCGGUAUUCAUCGUCAUAGCACAGAUCUUUAUAAUGCCAGCAACGUCCUACAAAACCGCUGGCGAGCUUGUUCUACAAGCCGAAGCGCAGGUUGAAGACGAGAUACACGACCGCAUAGACGACACUGUCAACGACCGCAGCGAGGGGUCACGUCAGCGCAUGUACAGACGACUCCGUCGCCAAAGCAUUGUCAGCCAGAUCCAAGAUCUACUAGACGAUGGCACAGCAUCCGUAUUAUCCGGCGGCGCCAUCAAUGAGUCCGUCUUCCACACCAACAUCGACACCGAGCUCGAUCCAAAUACCACCAAAGGAACAACCCAUGGCACUACAACACCUCAUUCUCACACGCAACAACAACAGACAGCCACCCCGAUCCCGACACCAGGCGGGAUCUGGGGCGUUCUCCACGGGCACAGCGCACUUUCUCAACUGCGCACACCAUGGUUCGUCCUAAUUACAGGGUUCACUGUUUUAAUGAUGCUACGGAUAAACUACUUCGUAGCAACGAUUCGAUCGCAAUAUACCUACCUGCUUUCUGCAGAGACAGCCGCACAAAUUAACACAACAUUCGAUAUCCUCCUACCAAUCGGCGGACUCGUUUCCAUCCCGUUUAUCGGAACAUUCCUAGAUACAUUCCAAACGCGCACUGUUCUAUUAAUCCUCAUCGUGUCGGCGACUAUCAUCGGCGUGCUCGGCUGUAUACCACAUCCGACUGCGGCGUAUGGAAAUGUUAUUCUCUUUGUGCUGUACAGACCGUUUUAUUAUACCGCUGUAUCGGACUACUCGGCAAAGGUUUUUGGAUUCGCGACGUUUGGGAAGGUCUAUGGGCUUAUUAUCUGUCUUGCUGGUGUUGGAAAUUUCACGCAGGCAGGACUUGAUGCGCUUACAUUGAAGGUUUGGCGGGGAAAUCCUGUGCCUGUUAAUAUUGGGCUCACGGUGUUGGUUGCUGGUGUCGGGGGUGGACUUGUUGGGUUUGUUGCUUAUCAGACGGGUAUCUUAGAGGGUAGGAGGAAGACUGAUGGUGAUCAGCGUCAAGAUGUUAGGGAGAGAGAGCCGUUGUUGAGGAAUGAAGAACCUGGGAGAGGGUAUGGGAGUUGA